UAUGAUAUUGGCAUGAAAGCGAUUACAGCUCUCGCAACUAGAUAUGGAACUGACUACGAAGUCGGAAGUAUUGCCGAGACAAUAUAUGUGGCUUCUGGAAAUACUGUUGACUGGAUCAAAGGCAUAUAUAAUAAAUCAAUCGUCUACACUUAUGAAUUACGUGAUAUAGAUCAAUACGGCUUUUUAUUGCCACCUGAGCAAAUUAUCCCGACUGGAGAAGAGACUUUGGAUUCUAUCAUAGCCAUGAUUAAAGAAACAAAAACUAAAAAAUAUGGUUGAAGUUUCCGAGAGACCUAAUGUGCAUAAUAGAAAGAAUUUAUAUGACGCAAAUUCGUAGUCCAACCUAUUGAAACCUACUAAAGUGUGAAAAUCAUCUCAAAUGAGUCGUCGUUUACGUGAUAUAAGAAUUCACGUAUUGUAACAAUGUAUAUUAUAAAUUCGAAAUAUAAUGUGUUGAAUAUGAAAAUGAUUAUAAGCACUUACUUUAAUAUAUUUAUAACAAACAAAUAAAUGACAAUGUAUAACUGUAACAAUUAAUGUAAAGUAGGAAA